AUGCUCUUGCACCCUCCUCACCCUCACCGCCCCCACACUCCCCGCUCCCCCAGCUCCCACCGCUUCCAUUUCCCGACACGGCGCCGGCCUCUCCUCUUCCUCCUCUGCGCCCUCGCUUUCCUCUUCGCCCCGGUCGUAUACUCGGCCCAUUCUUUCCUGGGGACAUACAAAAACUUUCCGAGGCAUCAGCAAUACAACUUGCUCCUCGCCAAGUCGCCUGCCUGGGCGCACCCCCUGGUAGACGCACUGAAAGGGCUUCCGGAGACAAAAGGCAUGCCUCGACCAAACAUGGUACAUGGUCUGAGAGAAGGCCGGUCGAUGGAAGAGUACAGUGCGCCUAGACUGUCGUUGCCGGUGGAAGGACUUGACGGGGAGCUGACGAGCCCGGCGGUGUUGAUGCUCCAUAUCUUUUCGAUGCCUUCGCCGGCCUCAAGGGAGAGGCGGGAGCUGAUACGGUCGAUCGACUAUUUUUCGGCGAUCCCUCCGCCGUACAGACAUCUGGUGGAGAUCAAGUUUAUCAUGGGGCGAUACAGUCCCGGGCACGCGUUGUACGACGAUAAUGAAUCGCGCGAGAUUGAGGCAGAACAGAAGAGGGAAAAGGAUCUGUUCAUUCUGGAAGACCUUGAGGCGGGAGAUAAUAUGAACCUGGGAAAGACUUGGGAGUGGUUGCGACAAGUCGGUAAAGAGGGCGGGAGAGAAGCGUGGUGGGUGAUGAAAUGUGAUGAUGAUACAUUUCCCAUCCUCCCAAACCUCCUCCCUUAUCUCCUCGCCCACUCUCCAGGUGCACCAUCAUACGUCGGUACGUCCUUUGGACGUUGGCCGGGGUAUCACUUUUACUUUGAGGGCAUGAUGUACGGCUUCAGCUGGCCUGUGGUGAAGGCGCUUGCUGCAGCAAACGUCUCGAGGGAAGACAGGAAUAGAGAGUGGGAUGAAGACGCCCACAUGGGAUAUCUCAUGUUCUCCCUGCCCCCCUCUUCUUCCGCCCCAUCAGACUGUGCCCGUACUCCGGCAUCAGCAUCAUCAGCCAUCGACCCUUGUACAGGCCUACACAGACUCGACCUAUCCACCCGUUUGGGCAACUAUCGUGCCAACCCCCUCAUCGCCCUGCCCAUCCCGGGCCGUCGAGGGUCUGUUGGGGUACAUCAACUCAAGAAUGGGGCGCAAUUCAAGAAUGUCGUUGAUGAGGUGAAAGAGAGUUGGGAGGAGAGGGGGUUGGAGUGGCGGUGGAGGGUGCCGAGGGAGCUUGAGAGUGUGGCAGAGUGGGAUGUUGAUUGGUGA